UACUGCCUGCAGGCAUACAUGAAACCUCUUUCCCUAUGCAAACAACUAAACUGUCCCAUCAUUAAGUCAUACAUGUUUAAAGCUACGAGGUCCUGAGAUAAUAAUUACAUGACUUCAGUUAAGACUUAAUCAAAUUGAUGCUUCAGAAGCGCUUAACCAUUAAUCUGUGUCUAUACAGCUCCAUGGCUAAAGGAAAGAGAGCUCGCAGAGCCAAAGGUACGAAGAUCACAUUGAAAAUGGCUAAAAAUGCUCUCAAUCUGAGCAACGUAGGCAUCGCCAUGCUUCCCAAAUGCCUUGUAAAGCGAAGAAACAAAGAGGAACUUGACCUGAGCCGAAACAAAAUGAAAAUAAUCUCAGAAUUCAUUGGCCAGCUCACUGGUCUGCGUUGGUUAGACCUACACAGAAACCAAAUCGAAGAACUGCCCGAAAGCAUUGGCCUCCUGGCAUCUCUGCUCUACCUCAACCUCUGUAACAACAACCUGGCCUCUGCUGGUUCAUUGCUUGAAAUAAGAAGUCUGAGAAACCUCCAGGUUCUCAACUUGGGCAUGAAUCCGGCCUUUCUCCCACUGGCCACCCUGACAAACCGGACAGAGUUGGGACUUUUUGAUAACUUGUUCACACAGAUACCAGAAUGCUUAAACGUGUUGCCCAACCUGAUGAAGCUGAACACCAAGGCAAAGACUCAGACUCUGUAAAGACAAUUGGAAAUCUGUUUUUGGUGAGAGAAGGAGAUUUGUGCCAUCCUUGUUUAGAGAGGUGCAGAAGGAAAAAGCUGUUCGAGGGGUCGCGGAAAAAGAAUAAUUUUUC